CUUUCGUACAUUUCAAAAGUGAGGGGUAGAUCAAUUUUCACCAUUAAAACAUAUCAAAUGUCCUUGAAACUGUAACGUGCAUCUUUACUGAUCAAAUACUAUCUUGAAACAUCGCUUCUUCCCUCGUUUGCAGCUUUUCUAACUGUUACUUCCUCAUCAUUUCUCUUUGACGUAAUAUUUGCGAUCUUUUUCUCGUCGAAUUGGAUCUUUUUGUACGGCCUUUGUGACCUUGCAGUUCGAGUUUUUUUUUUGUGAUUCAGGUAAUUUCGCCUUAGCCUGUCAUAAUGACCUUUUUUCAUUUCAUCAACUGUGUAGCACUAGCCUAUGCUCCAUAUUUCAUCGCAUAUAAGUAUUCAGGUCUGAAUGAGUACAGUUCAUUUUGGCGAUGUGCGCAAGCCAGUGGUGGAUAUUUUCUGACCCAGCUCAUCAAGCUGUUAUUGUUAGCGACAUUUUUCCCAGCUGCAGACGCUGAAGGGUUCAGUGUGUUGCCGGAAUUGCUAAAAAGCAGUGCUGAUGUCGUAGAUGUUAUUGGCAUGCAUAUAGUGAUGACACAUCUGUUGAAUGGCAAAGGAGAGGUUCGAUUCUUGGCUGGAGGCCUCGGAUGGGGUGCAGCACAUUCAGUGGCAAGUAGUUUCAUCCUUUUCUGGGUUGGAGCUAGAGCGUCCGCGUUUUCCUGGCGAUGGAUCCAGAUGGCUCUGGAUUCCUCUUUUGAUCUCGUAUUGUUUGUGGCAAUGGCAGCGUUGACAUGGAUGGCAACUAGAGCAGCCAGCAGACACCUAGUGUUCAUACUUCUCACUGCUUGCGUAUUCCACUCCUUUGUUUACCAAGUGCUAUUCUCGGUGUUCGGUGUCCGUGGUUGGCUGAUGGUCCUAGCUCGGUUUGCCUACUCAACUGCUAUUGCAUGUGGAACGUUCAUUGCUUAUGCUGUAAACAGCAAUGUUCCUCAAAAAAGGGAUUGAGUUGAAAAUGUAGUAGUUAGCAAAUUGUUUCCUUUUUCAAGGCUUGUUGUGAAUGUGCUUAAUAAGACUAUUUUACUUAAUAAAUUGUUCAUAU